CAUGGAAGGAAACCGUUUCAGUUUCUUUCUGAUUAAACCCAGAAAAAAAUCCAAGAAAAUGGCGAUAGAAGAACCAAAACAAAGAUCUCAAGAUUCGAAGCAAGAAAACCCUAAUGAAAAUAUCCAAAAUGUUGAUGCUUUAUUGUUUAGUCCCAGAUUCAAAUCCGCGGCUGCCAUGGCUGGGUGGGACGAGGAAGCCCUAAUCGUCGCUUCUCUCGUCGUCGAAGACACUCCAGGUCGACAACCUAAACACAAGAAACGCUCUGAUUUUGUAUUUAAAACCCCACCAUCCACCAAUUCAAGAAGGAAACGUAGGGUUCAGAGAAGGAGUCCCAUUUCAAUUCCUGUUGCUCCAUUAAAGCUUGAUGAAGAAGAAAAUUCACAACAAGUGUAAGGAGGAGUCAGUGGAACAAAGAAUUGAUGUGAAAGCUGAGAGGAACACAGAAGUAAAUGAACCAUUAGAACAGACCCCUGAUGUUUCUUGCUCCAGUCCAAGUCCAGCUCUUCAGUGUAUGGAUAAACUUAGAGAAGAGCUUUCUUGUGCUAUUUGUUUGGAUAUCUGCUAUGAACCAAGUACCACUCCUUGUGGACACAGUUUCUGUAAGAAAUGUUUGAGAUCCGCUGCAGAUAAAUGUGGGAAAAGAUGCCCAAAAUGCAGGCAGAUAAUAAGCAAUGGAAGAUCUUGCACUGUGAACACAGUUCUUUGGAAUACAAUACAGCUUUUGUUUCCCAACGAGGUUUCUGAAGCAAGGAAGUCUGCUGCCGGAGCCUUAAAUAGUCAGGAAGUUGAGCGUGGAAGUCCGGAGAGUGGAAGGCGAAGUAACAGAAGGGCACGAAGUGUUAGACCUCCAAUGGUCAUCUCUACCAGAGAUGCAGCUUUGGCUUUUAGGCAGCAGAGUGAGGAUCUUUCGCGGUUAGUAAGCACGAGGACAAGAAGAGGGACACCAAGCCAAAGUGAGGAUGUUGCAUUAGCUUUAAGGUUGCAAAGAGAACAAUCCAUGGAGUCUUUUCGGCGGAUUCGUCAGCAAACAAGAAUCCCAACCCCUCUUUCUUUAGCUAGAGCAAAUUUGAGAGCAAUGGCUUCUCGAGCCAUUAACAUUCAUAGGUGAGACUGGCCCGUAACUCACAAUGAUCAAACUUUGUAGUUAGUUCUUUCUUUCAUCUUCUAAGAUUUCAUCCAUCGUAUAUGAAAAACUUAUUGGAUUGGUUGAGUUUAGCAUUUUGCUAGUUGUUGAUAGCA